AUGCCUGGCGAAACAUUGGCAACCUUCCAUGACAAUUUUACCGAGGAUUCAACAUUGAAGUCAGUUGUUAUAUCCAGAUUGUACCAAAAGAAGUUUGUGAGUGAAUUAGAUGAGUUAGUCAGAGUAGCAGAUUGCGAUACUUCUAUUGACAAGAUGACUUUGACAAGCAAGAAUGAGCUUGUAAUGUUUCCAAAGGAGGAGCCUUAUUUCGUUUCUAGAAUUUUUUGUGCUGACAAUAAGACUGGAAAUAACGAAUCUUGGAAUGGGGCUUAUCAAUCGAUUCACGAAGAGAUUCAAAUGAAGAGUUCUCCAAUGAAGCUCGGGUUGGUUGAUUAUUUUGACCCGUCUCUGCUUCCCCAUAGUUUGACUCUGAUAACUGUACAAUUUACUUAUGACCAUCAGUUAGAAAGAAUUGGAGGAUGGCCAAGUUCAUUAACUAAAUUGAAAAUUUGCAACCACAAAGAAGCAUCUCUUAUAGAGCUCCCCAAUACACUUAAAGAAUUAUCCUGCCAUGGAGUGGCUGGUGUGUGGCACGAUUUCCCUCCGAAGCUUCGAAAGCUAACUUUUGAAAGUUCUGAUUGGAUACCUUUAGACAGUACAAAAUUUCCUGAAUCUCUCAGGGAGUUGCUGGCUUUGUACUGCUGUCUUCCUGAUAUUGAGAAGUUGGUGGAUAAGUUACCUGGAAAAUUGAGGGUUCUAAAAUUGGGAGAUGAUAUUGGCGGCAAGCUAUCCUCCCUUUCAUUUCCCAUUCGAUUGAAACUCUUGAUCUUGAGGAAUGUGACAUAG